AUACUGUGUUCUCAUGUGUGAGAGUAGGAUGACAAGUUUACUCGUUAGAUCGGGUAACGAGUACGCGCAAUGUGUGUUUGACGGCGAAGGAGUAAAUAGAAAAACGAGUACAGCAACCAUUAAUUCACAGUGUGAUGAAGAUACACGUCGGUUUUAGUAGUGGCUGUGUUCGUUCGAUUUCGGAUGUGCAGAAUAAAAAAUAUUUCACAGUGAAUAAAAUAUUUGAAAAAGCGUAGAAUAAAAAUUUGGCUACGACGGUCGCCAUUGUUUUACUGCGCACAGUACGAGAACGGUAGUAUUGUUUUUUUUUUAUCGAGAAGUGCGAGGAUAAAAAGUGAAAAUUUUUAAAGUUGUAGAUUUCAAAGCAAGCGGAAAAAGAGUUUGCUGGGAAAAAGUUUUUCCCUCAAUUAUCGAAUUGGUGUUUGUUGUUCAUAUAGUUGCUCGUGUUGCUUCUGUAAAUCCACAUAGGCUACCACUCGUUCUAUCUAAUUAAAUCGAAAAAAUAAGUUCUUCUAGUUCGCUCUGGAUAUAAUAUAUAUUUAUCCAUAAAAAUUUCUGAAGUGAUAAUAAUUAUGAAAAAGUAUCAAAACUGAAAAUUCUGUUCCCGUUUAGAGCCGGAAGAGGAAGAAUUUAUAGUAAAACUGGAAGCCCAUAUUGCAUGGCGCGAUUAUGAAUGUCUUUAGUGACUGCCGUUUGGACGUUUUACCACAAUAAUUUGAGAGAAGCCCGGCCUUGUAUACAUCUAAACACAACACCUGUAGAUAUAUUCAAGAGUGUUAAGCAGAAGUAGAUCGGAAAUAAAUACGGUCGACCUACUGCCUAAACACCUUUUCGCUAUAUUCCCAUUCCGUAAAAAAGACAAGAAUUAAAAAUUGAGAAAUCAACUGAUACAACGGCGCGCGCGAUUCGCAGGCGCAGUCAAAGAGUUGGCAGCAGUCGUGGCUCUGAGAACGAGACAGUGGCGGUAGACAACAGUAACAGCGCCAGCCCACUUACCGAGGCUGCGUAUGACAGUAUCGUGGUUGCUGACACUACGAUCACAGAAAAGCCAGAUGAAGCAGCUUGUGGAAGUAGCAGCAUGGCGCCAGCGCUGAAUGAGCCAAUGAGUCCCACAGAAAAACUGUCAAACUCGACAAGAAAGGUCACACCUGCAACGCGCUCUGUUAAAAAUACAAAUGAAGAGACAAUUUCGACAACUCCUACGCUCUUAAUCACAAGCCCAAACAGCAUUUGUAUCAAUAAUGAGACCAAAGAGAAAAGAUCGCGAACGCCAUCAGUGUCAACUCCCACACCGUCAUCGUCAACAGUGUCAACUUCAACGCCGUCAUCUUCAGCAUUGAAUUCGACGCGAGUGACGCGAUCUAAGGAUGCGUAUCAACGCGUUUUCGAGCAGGCAGUCUCACCCACCCCAAUAAUUUCUCAACAAUUAGCUGGCAAACAUUCGACGAUUACAACCAAAAGUUGUUUGGAAACAGCUAAAUGCUUGUCAGAUAGUGAUAACGCGGCCAAAACCGAAAAGAAUAAAAAAAAUGUUGCAAUCAGUGAAGAACCGAUGGCUAUGAAUAAUAAAAAAAUUAAUAUUGACACUGACAAAAAUAUUGUUGAAACAUUUUUUUCGGAUGCAGUAGCGGUAGAAGGUUUGGAAAGCGAAUCUAAUUGCAACAAUAAUAAUAAUACGAAUAUAAGUUGUAAAAGUAAUUCUACGGAACAGCUCUUGGCUGAUUUGACAAACGAUAUCGAAGAAACAAUUACAACGAAAGUGUGCAUUCGCAAACAUCUCCAAGACGUUACUGUGGGUAAGAAUGGGUCCAAUGUUUUGAACGUAUUAACAAAUACAAAAACGGAAAUAAAGGAUGUGGAUAUUAUAAAAUCUGAUGUAAAAGACGCCAAGGAUACAAAUACAAAUAUUAGUCCCACUAUUUCAGAAUCUUCACACAAAGUCGACCUAAGACAUGUAGAUGUAGGGACUCACAGUGUAAACAGCGAUAAAAAUGAAAAUUGUUUCGAAUCAACGUCAAAGGCACUUGCACAGAAACAACCCAUAAGUGUAGAGAGAAAGCGGCUUAAUAAUGACAACACGUCAGGUGAGGUACCGGCAAAGGUUUGUGCGACAGUUCCACCAGAUAUGCAUGGCGAGCAAAAAACUGGUUGUGCGUCUUCCUUGAAAACAGAUGUUUCAACACGUUUACAAAUUUUGUCUGUAGAUGUCCUGCCACCAAUUAGUACAGACUCAACAAUGACAGCAUCCGAAGUAGAGGAUAAUCUUGAAGAGCGUUUAAGUCAGUUAGAUGGAACAGCGAUGGCUUCUCCGAUACGCGAGAGUGUGAAUCCGGAAACUGCUAAUAUGGAAACUAUACCAACAACCCCGCCACGCACACCGAUAAAGCAACAAACACAUCAGCAAGAAGUGCAACAAUUGCAACAGCAACUGCAACAAACACCGCCAACUACUUUAUCGCAGCAAGCACAUCAGCAACACCACAUCAUUCAACAGCAAAACACAUUUACGCCUCAAAGCAGCACAUCAUCGGUGAAUACAAUUAACAGCUCGAAUUUGCCACCGGCAUUCAUGAAAGAAAGUGGAGCUGGGGAGUUGGAGGAUCAAGAUAUAGAGGAAGUGCUUAAAGUGCUUAAGGGAUUCGAUGGCAGUGCUGGGGCUGAUACAUUGUGCGACUUAAAUGUACUCUUUAACGAAGAAUACACCCUCAAUUAUGAAGAGGUCAGUAGUCACAUAGCAUCUACAUCAAAUAAACCGAACCCAUUAAAAGAGAUGCAAAACGAACUCGAGCGCAAUCAACAAGGGAUGUACCGUAAAAUCGACUUUCUUCUAAGACGUUUGAGGAAAAUUCAAUCUCGCUAUAUGAGCAAGCAUUGCAGUGAAGAGAUCGCCGGCUUAUUUGAGUGGACGGCUCGGAUGUUUGCUGGCAAAGGUGGUGCCAUGAACAGAUCAACGGAUGUUUUGUGUACAGAUACGGCAAUCAGUGUCAUAGCAGCGCGUCCCCCCGCAAGUAAUUGGUCAGAAGAAAAGAACCCUGUCGCUUCAACUCAAAUGUCAUCUAUGUUGCGCCGCUUAGAGCAGUCUUCUAAUGCUCAACAGCUGUGUAUGGUACCCACAAAUCGCAUUUUGAGUGCCUCAAGCUCGCACAUGCCGCGUAAAUCUAAGAAAGCGUUUUUACAUGAAGUACAUACUGCUGCAUCCGCAUCUGCUGCUGGGUCGUCUGCGACAAUGGUUGUUGAACGAAAAGGCGAAAUUGUAGUACCAACCUAUGAUAUAAAUGUUAGCGAGGAGAUGGCUCAGGUUGCUGGGUUACUACAAACCGAAAUGAGGGAAGUUCAGACGGCCAUGGACUCCGACGCGACAGAAUCCAGCUCUGGGGGUGAAUCAGCCGAUGAAAUGGUGACUUAUAAUAAUCAAAUUCAGCAACCCUUAGCUAUUGCGAAACGUGCUGCUUGGCGUUAUUCGCGAGAUCGAGCAGCGAUAGCCGCCCGUUGGUCAUGGCUGCUAUCACAAAUAGCCGACUUAGAAAUUAAAAUACGGCAACAUACUGAACUACGGCAGGAAAUUAUACGCACUAAGGGCUCAGUGGUAUGUAGUUCAGAGGAGCAGAGCGCAACGGAAAAUGCUGACGGUCUUAAAUCAAACGAAAUCUCUGCAACUAAUAUAUCAACAUCAUCGGUUAACGGUUAUAAAGGCAAUCUAAAUAGUAAAGUAAAUGUCAGCGAAGAUGUCGAAUUAGGACCUUUGGGAGCUGCGCGAACACGGGGCUUUGUACAAUUACUUUUCCGUAAGCGAAAGCUACUCCAAACCCAAAGUCUUCACACAAUAUCGAAAAAAGCUGCGCGGCCAAGUAACAUCAAAUGUGGCUGCCAAUGGCCGUUUAAUCCUUGUGCACUAUGUACGGGACGAUUGGAUCCGACGGCACCUCGUGAUCCACCAGAUACAAUGAUGUUCGCAGAUAGAAUAGCGUUAAUAGAUCCCGGUUAUCAUCCUGUUUUAAGCUUCCGCGAAGACGUCAGCAGCACUUUGCACUUUGAGGCGAUUGCUCGAAUGCCAGAUUGGCAGCAGCGCGUUAUGCGUUGUCAAGUGAAAAGCAUUGCAAAAAGUGUCUGGAAAGCUGAACGAGAAGCUGAGCGUGCAGCUGGUCAUAAUACAUCCAAGAAAUACAAUGAACCGGUUGUAAAACGACGCUACACGAAGAAAAAGGAUCGUCUUGCAGCAGAGGAAAAGAAUGCGGCGGCGGCAGCGGCUACGUCAACGACAACGAAUUCUGCGAAUGCGUCAUUAUCACCUGCAAUAGGUCUUGCAUCAGAUUCAUCUGCUAAUUUAACAAAAGGAGUUGGAAAAGGUGUCGAAAAUGUGGGAGCGUCAGCGAAUGUUUCUUAUCACAGCGUGAGUGAAACAUCAGCGUCAUUGCCGGCGAGCGAUGGUGGAAAUGGUACUAGCACUUUGUCUACGUCUACUACAACAACGCCACUUGUGGCCAACAAAUCGGUAAAAAAAUCAAAAAAGUUGCACCACUAUCAUUUGGUUGGCGACGGGGUAUUGUUGGAACCGCCACGCCCCUUAUCGCCAAUCGCAACAAACCACAGCAGUCACAGUCAAAGCAGCCAUCACAGCCAACAAAGCGGCAACAGCAACAGCAAUUGCAUCCAUCAAACAAGCGACAAUCCACCACAAAAUUACGACCAAUUCAGUCCCAGCCCAAUACAUUCAUCAUUGAUCUCCAACAACAGUAAUGGUCUUAACGGCGGUGGCAGUGGCGGUGGAGUUGGCGUUGGCGGCAGCAGUGGCAUCGGCAACCAUAAGCAUAAUAAUAAAAAUCGUAAAAGUUCUGCGUCAAGCAUAUCCACCGGAAUCGCUAAUAACACCAGCCAUCAUCAUCAGAGUAGUUAUUCGACUACGAACUACACCAAUUAUAACGGUGAUACCAAUGAUGGGAAUUGGGAUAGCUUUAUUGCACGUAGUCGUACAUCAUCACCGACACAUACAAGCGGAUCUGCCGUUAACAGUAGUUACUAUAAGUACGAAAGGUCUAAAAAUCGGACUUCGUACGACAUAGACAACAUUGUUAUACCAUAUAGUGUGGCGGCAACGACUCGCGUUGAGAUUUUGCCGUACAAGGAAAUACCAACACCCAAAUGGCGCGUUAUUGAGGAGGAUCAAAAACUUGCUCUGUGCACAUCCACUUCAGAAAUGGAGUCAGAUAAACUUGGUAAUGCCGAAAGCAGUGAUAACAAAGUGAAAAAUGACACAUGUGAAAUUGGCAACAAGCCACAAUGUGAUAUAUCUGCAGAGAAGGCGGAGGAAACCCACAAUGCACGAGAGAGGGAAGAAAAGGAGGUGACAGUAGAAGGGAACACCACGAAUAAAAAACCAAUUCAAGGAUCUGAAAAUGUAGACGUUAUUGUAGCAAGCCAACCAAAUGCUAAACAGAAUAAUGUUGCGAAGAGUGUUUCUUCUGAUGUUGAGUUAUCAAAUGCGUCAGGUUUAAAUAGCAAUAACAUUUUAGAUAAUACCAACAUAAAUGCUAUAAUAAAACCGGAUGACAAAAUGACGACAGUGAAUGAACUUUCCACAGUCAAUGCACUUUCCGACGAACCUGCCGUUAAAAAAUCCAAACAUGAAAGUGCUGGCGAAAGCAAAAGCUCUAUUGUGAAUAGUAACGUUUUCAAAAAUGUUGAGGUAGCUGAAGCGGCAAAUGAAAACGAUUCCACCACUUCGAACGCAACAAAAAUUACCAAAGGAGAAACAAUGUUGGCAUUAAAACGAGCAACCCGACUGAAACGAAGUAAUACAAUUCAAGAAGAGUCCGUAAAUGUUGAUGCCACUGCGGAUGAAACAAGUGAAACAGAAGACAUUUCUAAUGAAACCGUCAUGUUGCGCCAUGAACGUGCAUUAGCCGAGGAGCGUCGAAAAUUCAAAACCUAUUUGAAAUACCCAUGGAGUACUCGCUCUCGCGCUAAUCGUCGUAUAGAUAGUCGUGCAGAAUCUAGUGGUGCCAACACUCCAGAUCCUUGCUCUCCAGCACCGCCAACACUCAGUUUAGGUGGUACUGAUCAGGAGAGCAUACCCUCUCCAUCGGCGCUGUCAACACCACUGCAUCCAUUGGAUGCGAUUACUGAAGCGACUGAAAAUGGCACAAGCAAUCCUGCGAACGCUAUCGGUGGUGUUUCAUCCCAUACUAAUAACAACGAUAUGAAUAAGCGUUUAGAGCGACGUCGAACAACAUCUAUGAAAAAAGAUCGCGAAUUGGAGCGAAGAAGCUCUACUCCAGAUCCAAAAGAGCUUGUACCACCAUAUGAACCUCUAAAAUUUCCACUUACCGACGAAGAAUUUGAAGGUUUACUGAAGGCAAUGCCUGUCGAAUUUCAUUAUUUGGAUUUCGAUGCUAAGUAUUUAGAAGACUGUAACAACAUUGGUGCCUCCGCUGGUGGCUCCAAAUUUUCUCGUCAGCGCAGCAAUUGGCGUGGGGAUAUCCCAGUCCUAGCUAAUAGGCGAGGCAAGUUGACCUCAACAACACAAAACUGUGAUGCUACAAAUAAUAAGAGACAGCGAGUAAAUAACAAUGGGCGAAUACGUAAGGGUUCCAAAGGUGGUAGGGGUAGACGACGUGGUAAUCUCACACGCGUUCCAGUUAAUGAAUCGACAAAUGGUGUGAAUGGCGCUGACGAAGUGGAAGACGAAGAGGUUGAAGAUGAUGACGUCGAUUUAAUGAUGCUUUUAGCUGAAGAAGAUGAUGAUUAUGACUAUCCGAAACAUCAUUUGGCACCCGACGAUGAUCUCUUUGAUGGCGGUUCUAGCAGUGUGGCCGGCAUUGGUGUUGGUGGUACUUUGAAUGGGAGUGCACGUGAUCGUAUGUUCAAUAUCGAUGAUGAAUAUGAGGCCUAUCUGGGACGGCGUCAUCGUGAAACUGAUGUUGACACUACGGAUAGCGAACCAUUCGGUGACGAUGAUCCAAACGAUCCGGAAUGGCGUGGUGAAGGUGAAGAUCGUGGGGGCGGGGGCAGCAAUGAGCGACAUCGCCGCACCGCAAGGUAGCGGGAGCUAAUGAGGGAAAGCAUAUAAGGCCGCCACUUAGCUUUCAUCAAAGUAAUAAAUAAUUUAAACUUAAUUUAACACAAUCGCUAUAUGCUAUGAUGCGUUGCAUUAAUAUUUAGUUUGCAUUAUGCUGUUUGCUAUUGCUGAAGCCAUAAUUUUAAAAACCUUCCCCAGUUUUAAUUACAAUAUCUUAUAUGCAUACGUACUAUAUUGCAGAAUGAGAUGAACUGCAUAUAGUAAGAUAUAAUAAUUGUGACGAUUGAUAAAAGUGUAUCCAGAGAUUUUUGUUUCCUAUUAAUUCAUAAAGUCACAAAUUCCAUUUUUCAAUUAAUUUGGCACAUUUGUUAAAUAUUUUUGUGUAAAUAAUUACUUUUUUUGCGCUAUUAUGCGUUGCUUGCUGUAGAAAUAUGCAAAUGUUUUUUUCUUAUUGUAAUGAAGUUGAAAACUUGUAAUUCACUUAUAUAUUUGUACGGCAGUAUUGCUGUGCAUUUAUUUUACUUUAAAUAUCUACAUACAUACAUACAUAUAUAUAAAACAAAAAUAUUUUAAUUGAAAUUUGUCAAAAAACUACCACUAGGAACAUAUUAUUACUUUGAUAUUUUUAAUAAAGUCCAAGGAAUACAGAAAAUCGGAAAAUCGUAAAAUUUACUGUUUACUGUGGUAUGAUUUUACCUAAAGGCACAGUCACAUAAAGCUUUAUGUCGUAUUCGUCAUUUUUUGCGCACAAUCAGCAGAAAAAGAACGCAUUGUAAAAAUUAUGCAUAAGUUUAUUAUUUUAAUAUUUUUAUCGGCAAAUAGAUUUCAUAUUGAAAAUAGAAUACACAGUGAAAAACGUACACACACACAUUUGUAUUUAAAUAAUUAUAGUCAAUGGCGUAACCAUAGAAAACAAAACUAAUUAGAAUUAAAUAAUACUUAUGCUUAAACUUAGUAUAUAUAUAAUAUUCAGAUGUAAAACUCACUUAUAAUUAAACAAAAAUGAAGAACUAGUUUAACAAAUUCAGAAUUGGCUUGUUGAAUAUGACUUUCCCGAAGCACACAUAUAUACGUGUAUGUAUGUAUAUGUGAAUUAUUUUCAAUUUAGUUGAACGUUGGAUAAUUAUGUUCAUACCAGUCAAGAUUAUUUCUCACGAUCUGCAAAACUCGUGUUUGAGGCGGCAUUCGUUUAAGUUAAAUAAUUCUCUAAAACUGUUUGUUGUGCAAUUUAAAUUGAUAAAUAUUUUGGACAGAUACAAAAUUAUUAAGAUUUCACUCUCUAAUUACUUAUUAAUUAAUUACAAUCCAUUAUACAUAAAUGCCUAUUGAAAACACCUCGAGACAAAAGUAAUUUUUCACUCGCAAAUUCUCGUUUAGUUUUGAACAUGCUAUUGUAACAGUUGAUUUCAAGAAAGACUCUGCAAAAAAAUAAAUGCAUUCGCUGAAUUGUGAGGGCUUCCACAUAAUUUGGUGGUUUCACUUAUAUGAAUGGUCAGUGCAAAUGGGUAAAGGAAUCGCAUUCGGGCAGGGCAUUCAAACAGAAGUAAAGAUAAAGUAAUCAAAUUUCGGUAACUUGGCUUCGUGUUACACAAUUUCCUAUUACAUAUAUCGUACAGUAGAGUUUACAUACAUAUAUAUCAUAAAGUUUUUUUUUUUGUUAUGAAGCUGACUUCUUUCAUACAUACUUUAGAUAAUUAAUAAAGUGAAAUGUCAUUUCUAUUAAAGAUAUUCUCUGUGCGAUCAAAAUUUAUAAAUAUCAUAUUCACACACCAUGUUUUCAAAAAAUUGUCAUUAAGAAAUCUUUACAAAUUACAUUAAUUCGAAAAAUGCUGGAUCCAAAUCUCAUAUGUAAUUUUUCUCUAUGUGAGUUUCUUUUUUUUUUUUAAAUAAACUUACAUGUAUGUAUGUAUAUAUAACUAUAUUCAAAUACAAAGGUGUAAAAAAUAAUGUUUAUCAGAAAUUCUCUUAGAGUUUACGUAUCUGUGCGAGGGCCUUAGGUCUAAGUAAAGAUAUUUUGCAACCACUAAACAUAUUUACGAUUAAGUUUUAUAAUUAAAAACAGCAAAAAAAAAUUAAAAUGAAAUAAAUUAAUAAUAUGUAUAAAAAACCAAA